AUCCCGUGAAUCACGCCCCCUCCUCAAAAGCGAAAAAAGAGAGACCUGUUGGUGGGUUGUUUUCGUUUUGCCUUGCCUUGGAUAAAUACCGAAGACCCAGAAAAAUAUUGUCUCUCUCUGUAUAACGGCUACUUUUGGCGGCGUUGUUGAACAACUGAAGACUGUGAAGGCAAAAAAGAAAAGAGGGGUCGACUUGGUUCAGUUUUGAAGGGAGGCAGAAUAUAUGGAUUACAACGCUCAUCAAAAUACUUGGAAUUGGCAUGGGGAGAAUUAUGGUGUUCAAAACCACUCUGAUUUUGAUCCCUCACAAGAUGAUUGGACUCAACUUACCUUCAGUGAGGAAGAUCUUUCCUGCAUGUUUGAUGAAAAAACCCCUGUUAAGGAAUGUGGAGAUCUAUCAUACUAUUUUACACACAACGAUGAUGUAAGAAAGGAACCAGAAGAUGAGAGGGAAUCCUCUUCUCAAGUUAGGAAAAAGCGUAGGAUGCUUCAGUUUGACACUUAUGAUGUCGAGUCUUCCCUUUUCUGUGAAGAGACGCCAUCUACAUUCCUAAAAUCAAGUGAGAGUGAUGAUUUAACCGAAGAGGUUUUUCCGGAUGCAUUUCAAUGGAGUGCUGGAUUUACAGAGGAUGCAUCUGCUUCCAGUUAUGAAGGCCUGGAUCAGUUGUGUGAAGGGUGGCUCGCUGAUUAUUUUAAUGAUGCGGAUAUGUUUCUAAGCUCCGAUGAUAUGAAUCUUACCGCAGCAUCUGAUGUUCAUAAUGAUAUUUCAGAGUUGUCCGAUGCGCGACCAGAGCCUGGCCCUGAUGCUGUUCAAAAGCAGGCAACUCAAACCACUCAAAAUGUAGUUUUCAAAAGUAGGAAGUCAUUGAAUUGCCCUCCCUCGAAGCUACCGUCUUCUAUUGCCUAUCCAUUUGCUUUCAUUAAGCCCUCUGGUUUCCAUGGAGAUGUUACCCUGCAAGAUAUAAACCAGCGGAUCCAAACACCGUCGAAAGCGAAAAAGAGCAAUGCUGAUUUCCCGACUUCUGCUUUUUCCGGGAAGCUGGUCGUCGGCAAAACUAAAAUCCGGACCGAAGGAGGUAAAGGCAGCAUCACAAUUAUGAGAACCAAAUAAUAAGUACAUAAAGAUUAUUUCUUAAUUAUUCCCGACUGCCACUGGUAUAGAAUCUCAUACAUGGUUUUACAAAGCAGAAAUUUUGUA